AUGGCGAAGGAGUUCUUGGGAGCCGUGGUCUUUCUCCAAGUGACAAACUUGCCAUUGAUCCUCACGUCGUUGUCCUCGGCACGCAUCCUCACAGGUUUUGGCAUAGGGUUGAUGUUGGCCCUGGCAGGCCUGACCACAACUUCUGCGCAAGGAGUUGACGACAAGCCUCGCGUAGUGUCGGCCCAGGCUACCAUGGUGGCCACUUCGUGGGGCAAUCGCGCGGUGCGUGUUUCCAAAGGGCUCGUGGACUCUUAUGCAGCCGUGCUCUUUGCGGCCUCUCGCAAAGGCACCGCGUCCUCCACGAUCCUAACCUUCCUCGGAGUUUUUGCGCUGGCCUUUACCAGUGCGAUGUGGCUGAACACCGGUUUCUACGGACAAUGA